AAAGAUGUAUGUCUGAUAUUCUCUUGCGGAAAUUUUCACGAAAUGGAGCCUAAUCAAAUUGUAGGACUGGUACAGAAUCUCGGACACACUGAUCCUGUAAUUAGGUCGUUGGCUGCAGACAGUAUCAGAACACUGGCGGCAACCCUUUCCAUGGGAGACGCAGACCGUACAGUAAAUAUAGUUCUGCGCCUGGUCUAUGUAAGUCGGACUAUUGAGACAUUGUACGGAGGAUGCCUUAUGUUUGCUGAGUUGUGUCGCAAUGGACGACUUGGAGAACAUCGACUAAAUACUGUGGUACAUAUCUUACUUCGAGCUCUGGAGUGUGAUGUAUCACAUGUUCCCAUAAUGGCAGCAAAUGUCCGUGAUGCUGCAUGCUAUGCCUGCUGGGCAUUUGCAGAAGCAUAUGCACCUAAUAUACUGCAGCCAUUUGUGGAAGAAAUUGCACCAGCCUUGAUGGCAACAGUGGUGUUUGACAGAGAGACCGAUUGUCGGAGAGCUGCUUUGUAUGCGCUGAGAGAAUAUAAUGACAGAGGAUUAUUACCUCAUGCUUUUCCCUCAUUGGAGGGACUUGAUGUUACCAGCACGAGCGAUGCUUUUAUCAACAUAAGUGUUUAUAUUGCUCAGUUUGAAGAUAAAGCACUGUACCUUAUCAAUCACUUGAUGAAAACGAAGAUUAGACACUGGGACAUAGCCAUCAGGAAACUUGCUGCAGAGGCACUUCACAAUCUGACACCACUAGCCCCUGAAUAUUACACAGUUGUAUAUGUUCUCUAUGAUUUGUUACGUCUGACACGUUUCACUGAUCCCAAUACUUGUCAUGGUGCAGUGUUGGGCAUCGCUGAAGUAUUGUCUGCACUGGCUGUUAGGGCUGCACAGUCCAAUCGAACUAUACGAAACAUAGUUGGACAAAUAAUUUUAGAUAGGGUUGGGCGUCUGGUCCCUAGACUGAGAAGUCACCAGUCUCCACUUUCGGAACAGGCGUGCAGAUAUCUGAUUGAAAGAUGUUCUGCGGACAUCAUGGAAUUCCUUAAUGAAGAAAUUAGGGAUGAAUGGAUAAGUUUGCAGUUGCUCGCUGGUGCAGUUGUGUAAAUUGUUAUGCAAUCGCUCCUCAUGGGUCCGAGAGACAACAGCCACCAGACUUUACGAGGCGCUAAAGGAUUAUGGGGAGCGCAGUGUCAUUCCUGGACGGAACUUGGAAGAGGUCAAGAGCACUCUGCUUGAGACCAACUGGGGGCUAGACGUAGAGAUUGUGAUACAAACGCGCGACAGACUUUGUGACCUCAUGGGUGUCCUCUUACCCUAGACUGUGUCUGUAGCGGCAGCAAGAAAGUUCGUCCCAGUGCAGAAAUCAUUACCUCUCCAGCUCUUAAUGUGAAGGCAGUGGUUUCUGUUAUCUGAGUUUUUGUUCUCAUCAAUAAAGGAUAUUUAUAUCCUUUUUCUGUGUUUGUUUAGUUGUUUAAUUAUAAAAAAAUGCAGCUUAUGAGGUAAAUGACAUUCAAAAGCUGUAUAUGUCUCGAGAACCAUCAAGUAUUUACUCUAAUGUAAGCUGCGUAUGUAGGUCUAUAGAAUUUGCAUAUUAAUUUUAGAAGAAAAUUAUAAAUUAAUAAAACCUCAUAAGCUGCUUGAAAAUUAUUAAAUUAAUUUUCUGUCAGUUGCAAGUCAUAUUUCAAAAUGUGUUUUAAGUUCAUAUUAUGUUUGUUCUAGUCAAUUUGUGACAAAGUCACAUCAACUUACGGAACAGUGUUACUUUGCGUCUCAUUUCAUGCAGUUUCAUCCAUUCUUCUUUGAAACAUUUGUUUAUUAUAAUCAUCAUCAUCAUCAUUACAGUAGCAUUUUUUGUAUGGCAGAAAUGCUGUGAUACUACAAGUUCCUUGGCUUGGGCCU